AUGUGUUUAGCGGUUGACUGGCGCACACCCAACAUAUUUAAGGACUUCUUUACCGCCGCCUUGUCCCUCGGGAGUGCAGCGUCAGCAGAGGGUGUCUGGGUGCGUCUGCUCCUUACUUUGGACAGAGAUGUUUUACACACAGCUAAUGAAGAUUGGAGGCGCGCGCUGCUUGUGAUCAGUGCGGCUCCGGUGGCUGUCGACUCGGAGACAGUGAUCUCUUCAUCAGGCUGUCAUAAUACGGGCCCCGGCGGCGAAGCGUCCCCAGAGCCUGUCACACGCCUUGUUUCCAUGGCGCUCCUUCAGGCAUCACCACAGGCACACGGAGCAUACAGGCUGUUCUCUCCUCCAGCGCGCCUCUGA